GAAAUACUAUUUUUCAACGUGGGAGAAUUAUAAAUAAUUGAUAACUAAUCGUUCGUCAAACUAUUAACGAUUUGUUUGACACAUUAUACUUUUUCUUAUUUUAUUUUCAUUUCAGUAUCUGAAAACUCUCACUCUUGUUACCCGGUAUAGUUAAAACAAAAUAUUGUUUAAUAAAAAUAUUUUAAGUUACUAUGAGUGAGAACAAUCAAGACGUGAGUGUCUUAAAAACUGAGGAGAAUAAUGAAGAUAAUAUUGACAAAAAAUCGUUGGAUGAAAUGAAUGAUCACAUUCAAAAUGUAUUACAGCAAAUGAAGGACAAAUUUCAAAAUAUGUCUGAACAAAUUUUAUCAAAAAUAGAUGAUAUGGGAUCACGCAUUGAUGAUCUAGAAAAAAAUAUUUCUGAUUUAAUGAACCAUGCAGGCCUUGAAACACCAGAUAAAUGAUGUUUGCAAUACUAUUGUGUAACACGAAAUGAAUAGGUACUUGUAUGUUUGAAAAAGAAUUGUAAAUCUUCAUUUGUGUGAAAAUUUUACUAUUUUUAAUUUUUACAAUGUAGGCAUAAAAUUAGAGUGGCCACUAUUUAUUUAAGAGAAAAAUGUUUGUUCAAAACUUGAGAAACUGUCCAGAAAUUUGUUGCUAUAGAUUUAAAAAAUGUCUAAAAAAUUUGAUCUUUAUACAACUUCUAUUACUAGAGUGUGCAUAAUGCUCAAAGAUUUAGGAAAAUAUGAAAAAUUGUAGUUUUUUGUAUUUCUUGGUUGCAAUUCUAUUUCACAGAAAAUGUAGUUCUAACUAAUAUUAAAAUAUUGUGAUUUCCUAAAGAAAUGAUUUUUUUUAUUUGUUUUCAUAAAUUCAUUACAUUAUGGUUCAAAAAUUAUUAGAUUAUUAGCAAAAAAAUUAAGGCUACCUUUUUUUAUAACUUAUUUAUUACAAACUUUUCAUUAAUGAUUUUUUAUUAUAUAAUUAAUUUUAACUUUAAAAAAAAUAAUUUCAAAAAACAGGAAAUUUUCUAUAAAAAAAAAUGAGUAUUGCCAGGUUAUUAUUAAUUUGUCUACAAAGUAUUGACUAUAAAAUAUUGUAAACAAAUAUUUUUUAAAGGAAAUUAUAUAAUCUAAUAUAUUAGUUAAAAUUUGUCCGAAAAUGAAAAUUGUACCCACAAAUACAAAAAACUACAAUUUGAUUGAA